CAAGCCUGCUGAACUCAUGGCGGGAGCAAUGGAAAGCCAUGCGAGGGCAUGUGGUGCGCUUGUCCUCGGUUGGCUCAGUGUGGCAACCGCCGCGGGCGUUGUCCCCAACGGCGGCUUGCCAAGCAAUGUUGAUCCCAGAGAUGCUCGACAGAGCAAAGUGGCCAUUUUUGUCUUGCUGUGCGUUUCUGUGUUGGUCCUGGGAUUUUGCUUCCUUUUUCAACGCUACACGCGACAGCGUGACCAAUUGGCCGCACAAGAGCUUGAGAGGCUUCAAGAAACGGAUGCGUUCUUGUUGAAAAUCCUCGAGAACUCGAGCAUUCGCCACCUGGAGCAGAACAAACUUCGAGGCAUCACUCGAAAGCUUCAGACGGCCACGUUGCAGUUUCAAAACAUUCACUGCACAGUGAAAUCCGAUGCUGGUUUGGUGACUGUUUUGGAUGACAUCAACGGAAGCUUCGAAGCCGGGCAUUUGUCAGCGAUCAUGGGUCCCUCCGGAAGCGGCAAAACCACCUUCAUUGAUGUGUUGACUGGCAAGAAAAGAUCUGACAAGAAGUGGACGGUUCGUGGCGACAUUUUGAUCAAUGGCAAAGAGCAGAGCAUUGAAUCCUUGAAACCGGUCAUUGGUUUUGUCCCUCAGGACGAUGUGGUUCAUGAAGGGCUUACGGUGCGCGAGAACAUCAAGUUCUCUGCAGCCAAGCGUAUGCCUGCAGGAACCAGUGAAGCAAGGAUACGAAAAAUCACGGACGAUGUCAUGCAGGCACUACAGCUGGAGCCAAAGCAAAAUAUGAUCGUUGGCAAUCGAGUUCAGAGCGGUGAAGGCUUAAGCGGUGGCCAGAAAAAGAGGGUCAACGUCGGCCUGGAGCUUGCGGCGUGUCCAACAAUUUUGUUCUUGGAUGAGCCAACUUCUGGUCUGGACGCCACUGCCUCUUUAGUGUUGGUCCAGCAGCUGAAACGGAUGGCGAAGCUGGGCAUGACCAUCAUCAUGAUUAUCCACCAACCGCGAUAUAGCCUUUUCACUCUCAUCGACGACGUGUGUUUGUUGGGCACCGGCGGAAAGCUUGCUUACAUUGGGCCAACGAUCCAAGCAAAGCCAUACUUCGAGAAGAUGGGUUUGCAAAUGCCUCCCAAUGAAAAUCCUGCAGACUGGAUGAUGGACAUCCUUUGCGGAGAAGUCAAUGCGGAUUACAGCAGGAUACCCAAGACGGAUCUUCCAGCUGUGCUGUUUCAGCAGUGGAAGUCCAAUCCCAAUCCAGGUCGCACCAUGCAGACCCUAGGACGAUUGGCUUCCACAAGUGCUGACGAUGAUGCAAAUUCUAUCAAGCAGCAUCUCAAGGACGCUUGGUCGGAGGUCUGUAGCCAAAACGCCACCGUGGAGAUGGAACACUUUGCCAAAGUCUUGAAAGCAUGUACUGGGGUGACACCGUCGGAGGAGGUCACUUUGGAGGUCAUGAAGCGUGUGAGGCAGGUGGACAUGGGAAGAUCUAGUGUGGCCUACAUCAAUAUCAAUGGCGGCGCUCUGAACUCCUCGUCGCCGGCCAGUUUGAGGGUGAAUCAGCGUGCCUUCAUUCGCUACAUGAUCACCUUUGGGGGCCUCAAUCCUGCAGCCUACGCGUCGCCCAACGCGGACAACUCCCGAUUACUAGCUGGCAGUGGUGCUGUGGAUGAAGAGUCCAGCAGCAGUGACGAUGACCAGCAGCAGGAGGAGGAAACCUCUGAAGAUGAUGGCGUGCAGGUGUCCCUGCGAGGGAUAUGUUCCCUUGAGUCGAGAAAAGGCACCGCCAACCUCGACGACCUGGUCCGGAAGCAAGCCGGGUUCUGCACUCACCUGAGUUGCACAUUGCGGCAGUCCAUGUUGUCCUUCUGGCGCAGCAUGGAUAUGAAGACCUUAUUUUUGCUGGUCAUGACCUUCGCCGCAUGCUUCUUAGCUUUCUUCGAUCGCUUUAUCUUCAAGUCUCCGCCUUGGAUGCCCACGACCUUCCUCAAUGCCCAGAUUGCACUCGCGCUCUUGGUGUCGGUCUACAGCCUCCAACUCUUCAGCAACGAUCAAGCGAUGUACUGGCGAGAAGCAAGUCAUGGCUUGAAUCGCAGCGCCUUUCUCGUGGGCCGUGCUUUGGUGAACACUCUUGAUUGGCUCCUUUUGACCUUCUUCUUUGUGCUUGUGUACUACGUCAUUACCCAGCCGAUCCUGACGUUCCUCAUCUACAUCGUGCCCUUCAUUCUGGUAGCCUAUGUCGCCUCCGGCUGGGGCUACGCCAUCUCUUGUUGCCUACCGGUCAGCAUGGGCGCCUUCAUCAGUGCGAUCCUGGCCUUCAUGAUGGGCGGUAUCCUGGGUCUUCCCAUGCAGAUGAGUGUCUUCUUGAAGGGUGGGCUGAUGGAGGUCAUUGUUGACAGCAUCUCCUUUACUCGCUGGAGUGCUGCAAUGAGCUUUCUUGCGUACAUUCGUCUGUAUCCUCCAGAUCCGCAGUUUUUGAACGACACGGACAAGUGGCAGCUUGAGAUGUUCUCCGAGUCCUACUCUAAGGCCCGCUACUUGCUAGAUGUCCAUGAUGACUCGUGGUGGACGGGGAUCAUGGUGUUGCUCAUCCAGGGCACUGUUCUGCGAGUCGUGGCGUACCUGGGGCUUCGAUUCACCAACCGUGCCAGACAAGUAUAGUGAGACCUGAGACGGCCGCCGCAGCCAGUGUGCCAUGCAACAGCUGGUGGAUCGCCGGUCGUGGAUCGCCGGAGUGGGUUGUCGG